AUGGUGCUCUUCAACAAAAAGCAGAGACUCUGGCUCAAAGCCCUCUGUCUCGUGUACGCAUUGCUCUUAUUCUACUGUCGAUACCGUUCGGCUCGAGACCCAACAUCCUAUUUCUUCCAACCAGAGGAAGGCUAUCGACCGCGCUACAGCGUUACCAGGAUCCAGGAAUCUCUACGCUUUCUGUCUUCAUCCAAGCAUUUGUCCGUUCGUCCUGCUUCGCCAUCCACUGAUCCUUCCUUAUGCAUUGGAAUUGUCACCGCAAAGCGUCCGCUGGCGCAGAACCUCAACACUACAGUCGGCUCGCUGCUGGACAAUCUGUCGCAAGAGCAGCGAUCGGAAAUUGCGGUUCAUGUGCUCUUCGCUCAUGUCAUCUCUUCUGCCCAUCCUGAUUUCGGACAGCCGUGGGUCUCACAAUUCGUCGACCGUGUGUUUACGUACGAGCAGCUCGGCGCACCAAUUCCGACUCUGAAGAAACUAGAGCACGAAAGGAGGAUAUCGGAGAAGUCUCUCCUCGAUUACCGUCUCACUCUCGAAUCAUGCUACCAUCAGACCAACAGUUCGUGGAUCCUGAUGCUCGAAGACGACGUGGUGGCACAAAGACACUGGUACGAACGCACGGCGCAAGCUCUUCAGACUGUUUCUAAGUGGGAAAAACAAGGGAAGAUCAGGCGAUGGCUCUAUCUGCGGUUGUUCUAUACAGAGAAGUUUUUGGGCUGGAAUGUCGAGGAUUGGCCAGUCUAUCUGGCUUGGAGCAUAUUUGCCAUCUCUACGCCCGCAGUGCUGGGCAUCUGUGCACGACAACAGGUUCACUCAUGGCAGGGUGUUUUGGCAAAUUCGUUUUUGGUGGUGGUAUGCUUUAUUGGCGUCCCCGUGGGAAUCCUUAUCUACUUUCUCGCAGGCCGCAUGACCGUUCAACCUAUGAGGCCGGGCGUGCAUCUCAUGAACCGACAUGGCUGUUGCUCGCAGGCACUUUUGUUUCCACGAGGACUGGUCCCCUUGGUGAGUAGCUAUCUUGAUUGGAAAAGGUGCGCUUCUCCAGGGCCAGUAGACAGUGUGAUGGAGAUGCUGGGCGAUCAGGGGGGUCUGGACAGGUUGGCUAUCUCGCCGUCGCUAAUGCAGCAUGUCGGGGCUGCUUCGUACAAGGAGAAUCGGCCUUCAUAUCAGUGGGAGGGUAUGUAUAGUGUGCAUGGUGCUCAUGGAGUGUGGAACGUCGAGUUUGAGGGGCAAUCUUAG